AAUGUCAAAGGAAUCCGUGUCAAAUUUAAAUACGUUGAUAGACACUGCUCAAAAACACAUUCAAUCAUUAACCGCGUUAGGACAACCAACAGAUCAAUGGGAUGCAUUACUUCUACAAUUAAUUACAUCUAAGCUUGAUAAGGUUACAUUACGUGAUUGGGAGGAAUCGGUGGAUGGGACUGAGUUGCCGAACAUUGAUAGUUUAUGGAAAUUCUUGCGUAACAAAUGCCAUGUCUUGCAGGCAGUGGCAGCUGAAACAUCUGAUACUAACAAGGGACCAAGUAAGACACGCCAAGUUUUAUUUGAAGCUCAGUCAAAAACAAAUUGUCAUGUUUGUAGUAAAAAUCACAGCAUCAUAAAUUGCGAAGAGUUCAAACAACUAGAACACAGUAAGAAAGUUGAAGCAAUUAAGAAAGCGGGCCUUUGCUUUAAUUGUCUUAGGUCCAAUCAUCAAGUCAGUGCCUGCAGGGCUGGCAAUUGUAAGAAAUGUAACAAAAAACACAACACUUUGCUGCAUAUUUCAAAACCACAGGCUACUGAUACAAGUACACAAGGGAACGCAAGUUCUGAGUCACAGGGUCAAACAACACAGCAAUCUAAUUCAGCAACUGUUAAACAAGUUUUAAGUUCUAGACUUAACAAUUUUUCUCAGGUAAUCUUAUCGACGGCAGUAGUUGACAUAGUUGAUUCAGCAGGGCAGCUUCACACUUGCAGAGUAGUAUUGGAUGCGGGAUCGCAAUCGAAUUUUAUAUCAGAGCAACUUUGUAACAAAUUGGAGUUAUCAAAGCGAGCAAUUAAUGUCCCCAUUCAAGGCAUAGGAAAUUCACUUUCUCACAUUAAAUAGAUAACUAGUACAAUCAUUAAAGCAAGGAACAAUGCAUUCUCUCUUGAUCUGCAGCUAUUA